AUGCCGCGUCUAGUGCGAAAGAAGCCGCUCUCUGAGCGCCUGAAGGCCAUGCUGAACCCUAUGGACUUCUUGCUCUGGCUAUCGGAAGAAUUGGAGACGAGAGAUUGGGAUUCAAAGGCACUAGGAACACAGCUCGGGCUCGGCUGCAACUUCGUGUUUCUCCUUGCUAGAGCUAACUGCGUAGCAUCGGAGGUCGAGGAUGAUGUGUUCAGCGAUGGGAGCUCCGGGGGCAUCGUCACCUACAUUGUGCGGCCCCUCGUUUGGAUUCUUGGCCUCCUAUCUGUCGCCAACGCCUUCUAUACCAUGUCGAGAACGAGGCAGUACCGAUUAUUCCAAGUCAACGUUGAAGACAAGCCGCACACCCCCUCAGCCCAACGAGUCAAAGCCAGGUCCGACCCGGCCGUCUCUUCGCCCCUGAGACUCUUGAAUAACCUCCUGUCUUCCGAGACUGCCGAGUCCCGAGCCCACCCCGACAGGUCACACGACGUCUGGGAGCUAAGUGUCUGGGAUCCUCUCCCGGUCUCUUUGCAGCUCUUCUGCCUCUUCAGCCCUGGCCACGUCCUUGUCUACAUGAUGUUCCUCCCUCUGGUGCCCUUGGAUCCCAGACCGAGUGUAACAGUUUUCAACUGCAUUGUGCUGCAACUCAUUCUUUCCGUCCAGCUGAUUUUCGUCCAAACUCGGUAUGCUCAGCAGAUCAAGGAUACGGCUAUCAUCCACAAGGAGGUCCUCCACGAGUACGACACCAAGUUCGUGCGGCCACGUCUUCACCCGGUUGUUCGCGAUGUCGGCACACAGUGUUCGCCUGAAGAGGCUAAGGAUGAAGAGUCCUUUGUCGAACUGGGAACGCCUACGACGGUUAUCAAGAAAGAGUUUGUGGUUACACCCAAUCCUCACGUCAAGCAGGAGGACCCGGUCCACACUCCUCCAAUUAGCAGCUUCGCGUCCCGUCUCUUUACUCCGACGUCUAACAGGCGAUCCGAGUCCUUCACCCCUGUGCCCAGCACUCGCUCGGUCCGGCAAAGUCUCCCGCCGGCACCCAUGUACCAGUCGACCUCAACGUCCACCGCGAACACCGGAGGAACGAGCUUUGGCGGAAACUUGGGUGUAUUCAACCACGCGAACUCGCCACUCAAGAAGACGUCGAGUCUUAAUGAGAUGAACCAGGGCUUCAUGUCGCCCCGGAACUCGAGAGAAAUGGCUGCUCGGGAACAACGUCGAGGAAGCCCACUGAAGCAGUCGGAGAUUAGAAGAUCGACUGGCUCAGAUGCUCUCGACCAUACGAGUGCUCCCGAUUACAACCCCUUUGCCAGCGCGAAGAGGAACAGAAGCAAUCAACAAGGGGAACGGUACCCUUCUAGAUGGUCGGGUUUCCACUGA